CAGAAGCGACUGGCAGGGUCAGCAGCCAUUGAUGCGCUUUAUCUCCAGGAGGACAUAUCGACAUUAAUUCUUGUUAAUUUGCUGUUUUCUGCGGACAGGAGCCAUGGUGUCUCACUCUCUCGCGCUGCCGAUGAUCUGCUUCACCACGUUAUGGGCGCUCGUGGGGAUCGUGGCUCCGUUUCUGGUACCCAAAGGACCGAACCGGGGUGUGAUUGUCACCAGUCUCAUCCUCACAGCCGUCUGCUGUUACCUGUUCUGGUUGGUAGCCAUCUUGGCUCAGGCUAACCCUCUGUUUGGCCCUCAGCUGAAGAAUGAAACUAUAUGGUACCUGCGCUACUUCUGGGAGUAACAUGGAUCGUGUGUGACGCGUCGCCUCUCAUCAUUCCUACCCUGUGGUUGGCUGGACUUCAUCUCAACAUUACCAUUAAUGUACAGUAACUGGAAUUUAAGAUUUUGAGUGUGUUAAAACACUUUUUGUUUUAAAACGAGGAGAGUAAUCCACUUUGUGACUCCGAUACGAUGCACGCAGUUUGAAGUUGUGACUUAGUAAAUGGAAGGUUUUUGUGAACAAAUUUUAAAUAAGGAGAUAUGUGAGUUUUCUUUUUUGUUACUGAUAAGAACGAUUUCCAGGGAAACACCAUCCAAUAGGAGUAGAUAUUAAGCGUCCUUCUCUGAAACGUGCAAUCUUUAGUUUUUACUUUGUGUUUGUUUGUGUUUUGAUGUCGCCACCAUCAGGGAACAUGAUUUCUGAGUAUUCUUAUUUAUUUGGCCCGCGGACACUGAGGUAAGCGUGAUGACCUCAGUGUCCGUGCGGUCGUGUUAUAUAACUGUUAUUAUCUGUGAUGUAAUGGUGUGUGUGUGUGCAUGAGUGUAUGUAUGUAUGUACGUGCGUGUGUGUGUGUGUGUGUGUGUGUGUGAAGAAUUCAUUACUGUGAGUACUUGGACCGCCGCCAUGAGAAUCUCCCAAAACCAUCAAAUUGAAGAGCGAUUCCCUCCACUUUGGAGCACUUCAGCAUUAACCCACCCCCCCCAUACACACACACACACACACACACACCGCCCUCAUGCUCCACACCGCGGAGGUCCCAGUUGCCAUGGUGAUCUCAUCGCCCAAUUCAGUCUCUUUUCCACUCGACCCCUUUUGAUGAAAUCCUGCCCAUUCUCCCCCGGCCUUUGUGCAGAUGUCGUGUAGGGACACCUCUUUGCGUUGGAGCUGCUGACAGAUUUCUUGAUAAUAUCCACUUUUCUUCAAAUCCUUUAAUCUUCAUUCCCUCCACCUGGAAAAUACUUCUCCAAUAUUUUUUGUUAUAUUCCGGCAUUGACAUUUAAGGAGUGACCCCUCCCUCAUAUCUUUUAAGUAGCGGAGAAGUAGCUGCUUUCAAAUGGAUUCAUAUUCGAAACGAAAAAAGUACCGUUAACUCAAGAAAGUGUUUUUUCAUUUGCUCUUAUCUGCAAAAAUCCCGCACCAUAUCAGUGGUAGAUGCUUCUGAUUGGCUAAUGUUGGAUAAUGUGCUCAAAGUAUGACGUUUAAUAGUUAUUGGGCUGAAUACUUUUUCUACAUUUUCCGUGUUUUAAAAAAGUAAGACACCUUGCAGCGGGAAAAAAAUGGAAAUGUUGGUUUCAAAUCCCCAAUUAGUAUUCAUAAGAUCAAGACUAAUCAUUAUAAUUAAUGUACAGCAUAUGCUCGUACUGUACAUGUGUACUCGAAUGCAUUUGAGUGGGGGUGAAAGUCAGUGUGCAUUCACACCAAGUCCCUGGGAAAUGAGCGGUGCAGUGAUGUGAAAUUCAAGGGAAGAUGAGGCAAGGCAAGGCAAGGCAAUUUUAUUUAUAUAGCACUUUUCAGCAUUCAAAGUGCUUUACACAUUAAAAGCAAAAGACAUUUAAGAACAAAUACAGCAUAAAUACAUUAUUAAAAAGGCAUUUAAAAACAGGCAUGAGUCAAACCUUUCUGAAUUUGUGCGCCAUGAGCAACUUUCUAAGGAAAUGUUCCCGCCUCCAACGCUGUCUCCAAUUAUGAUAACAGGUCAAUGCUUCACACUACCAAACAUCUAGAAACAUCAGUUAUCCAACCACCGAUACCCAAUCACACACUAGCCUUUUAGUCUGAAACUUUAACAGAUCCCAAUAGCUAUCUGAUGUGUUCAAGAUGAGAUAUUUUGUCGAGUCAUGGUAGUUUUGUAUUGGACAUUGGUGGUUGUUCUUGUGCUUGGCUUAGUUUAAAAAGGUUACCACAUUUCUAGUAAUGUCUUAAACAAGAUGCGAGUAUAACACCUGCCUCCUACUGAUGCUGUUUGCCAGCCACCACCACAACUACGUCUCCCCUCUCCACUCCCCAUUUCUAACCCUCAGAUCCUCUACCUCCCCCCUACGACCUUCCUUCACACUAACCCCCCCUCCUCCUCCUCCUCUCUAAAACCACUUUGCUUCAGCCAAAAAGAAUCAAAAUCAAUAUACAGCUACUUUUUAGAAAGACCAAAUUACGUUGUAUCUUUUCCUCCAGCCCUCCUUGGUAGUUGUGGUGGUGCCAUGCAUAUACAAGCGGACAUAAAGCCAUGUACAGUGAGUUACUCUAUUAAAGUGAGGCUUUCCUUGAAGGAAUGCUUCUGUUUAGUUUGCAGUCUCAAGUGAACCGGAGCUUGUAAACCAAAGCGGACUCACAAGUAGCUCAGUUGUUGGACAAAUUGUUGGUAACCUGCCAAGUUGGAGACGUUGUUUUAGAGUCAAUACAGACCUGACACUAGCUCCUGUUACAGUGUUGGGUCCACACCAGGCGAGAGCACAAGAACAAAGAGCUUAAUGGUAAAUGGACUGCAUUUAUAUAGAGCUCCCUGUGAGCCCUUAAGGCGCUUUUACAUAUAGAAGUCAGCAUUCACCCAUUGACACACAUUCAUACAGACACAGAGGCUGCUUUACAAGAGGCCAACUGCUCAUGGCGACGAACAUCACGCACGUUAAGUGUCUCUCCCAAGAACACAUUGACAUACUGACUGCAGGGGUGACCUUAUUAUUGGCGUACGACCGUCCUCCGCCUCAAUAUGAGCUUCAAUCCAGACUGUGGUUUUGCUCAUGGCUUUCAAACUGUUAACUGCCCAAUAUCAGAUGUACCCACAAUCCCUUGUGUCUUGGGUUUGUUUCCGAAGUCGGUUUGGAUAAAACUCUCCGGUCCCAUAAUGUAACGUGCUGCGAAUAGCUGGCAAACUAACAAAGCCACAAGAAACACAAGCAAGAAACAUAUUGAAUUGCAAUAUGAUCCACCGUGUCCUUUUUUUGGAUCUUCAUCAGCUUUGGCCAUUCUUCCUGUGGUAUUAGAGGGAAAGACCAUUUUUUAAACAUUAUGAUUGACAAAUUAAAAUGAUGGAUGAGGAUCCGUACCAAACAAUAAUUGUAUAUAUUAGUCUGUGCAUCAAUCCAGACUGUGGUUUUGCUCUUAGUUGGGCUUUCCAACCAUUAACUGCCCGCCAUGAGAUUUACCCACAAUCCCUUGUGUUUUGGGUUUGUUUCCAAAGUCGGUUUGCAUAACAAUCCCAAUCCCAUAAUGCUACAUGCUUCAGUUAGCUGGCAAACAAACGGAGCAUAAUUUGGAAAAAGUAAUUGUAGCUAUUAUUUAGACGUAUGUUGCAAUUGCGAUAUGAUGAUUUAUGAUCUCAUUAGCAUUGACUACUCUUCAUGGGGUAUAAGAGGGAAUGACCAUUUCUGAAACAUGAUUGAACAAUUAAAAGGAUCGUGGUGUGAUUUCUCUUAAAGACGAUCUGUACCACACAAAGAUUUUAUUAGGUCUGUAGAAUAUAUUGUGUAUGCAGGGAUUCAUACAAUUCAUUCAGAUAUUUUCACAUAUUUGUCCUUUGGAUAUGUGAAUUGAAUGCUGCACUAGUGAAUAAUGCAAUUUCAAUUACAUUUGUAUCGAUUGUGUAGCCCUAAGAGCCACAUUCUCAGUGUCCGUGAACCAACAAAUGGCCGAACAAAUUCAACUAUAGCAGUGAACCCUCCACAUUUUAAAUAAACCCCUCCACAACAUGCUGAGUGUGAAUCGACCUUAAACAUGGUUUCAUUUUCUUAUGUAUCUGUUCAGUUAUUUGCUUUUUUUAAACCUGUCAUGUACUGUACUCCCAAAAAACAUGGAUGGAGGUGGCGAUCGAUUUUCUUUUGUGUGUUAAGAGUUGUUACAAAAGUCUGCUAAAUAACAGAUGUGGUUGAGAUGAGAUUAUAUCUGUGACCUUGUAUUUAUGUGAAGUAAAUGCUUCUAUGUGAGUGGAAUUGUAUCUGAAAACACCCAAUAAAAAAAUAUGUCUCA